AAAUAAGUUGAAACCCGCCGCAUGUAAUGAGGAUGAGAAGUCUCAGGUAGCGAUGCUGAUCACAUUCAUCUAUCGCUAUCACUAUCAACGAGUAUACAGUAUCAGUAGUCAUGGAUUGGUUUAGUUUCAUCCUAUCCCUCUUGGCCAUCGAGGUCAGUUUGUUCACAUCACUCACAGCAGCUGAGUGUUCGCCCCUCCAGAUCCAUCGACCCUCUCUCCCGGGUAUCGAAGUGGUGGCGUCGAUGGUCUUCCCUGUGUUCGACAUGGAGAUUGACGGACUUCAAGUCAAUCCAAUCAAGCAUCGUCGAGUCAGCGUGACCUUCUGCAAUGUCAGCCUGACUUACACCCACCCCGGUUGGGAUGAUUUGAUUAACAUCAAGGUGUGGCUACCUCUCUCGGGUUGGAACAAGCGCCUGCAGGGCAUCGGUGGCGACGAUUUUGCGGGGACCCGCGGUGACAGUGCCACGGCCAUGGCCGUGGCCGAGGGGUAUGCAGCAGUUAGCUCCGACUUGGGGCAUAAUGCAUUCGCCCCGUCGGCACGAGAAUGGGCGCUCGAUGACGAGUCGGGGCAUGUGAACGUGGCCCGGCUGCUGGAUUUCUCCUCCGUCGCUCUGUCCGAGAUGGCUAUUCUGGCGAAAGACGUUGUCCAACAAUUCUACGGAGAGGUGCCGAAGCGUUCCUACUGGAACGGAUGCUCCGGGGGCGGCCGCCAGGGAAUGGUGCUCGCGCAGAGGUUUCCCGAUGCUUUUGAUGGGAUUUUAGCGGGUUCUCCAUCUCUCAGCUGGGCGCAUUCGAUGCCGGCGAGCUAUUGGUCCAACUUUGCGAUGCGUCUGCUGAACAUCCAUCCAUCUCCCUGUGUGAUGAACGCUAUUGCUGCGGAGGUCAUCAAGGCCUGCGACGAUCGUGAUGGAGUCAUCGAUGGAAUCAUUACCGAGCCAGACCUUUGUGACUUCAAUGCGCUUCUCCUUGUCGGCAAGCAUGUCGACUGCGGUGAUGGAGUCGACGUUGAGAUUACGCUUGAUGUGGUCAUUCUGGCCCAGAAGAUGUGGCAGGGCAUGCGCGAUCAGUAUGGUGUGCCUUUAUGGCAUGGCUUUUCACGAGGUUCGUUGUGGCAUGGCACUGAGUGCUCCUCAUCAGAAGCGGUCCACAAUCAUAAUUGCAGCCCUACGCUCUAUCGCGUUGUGAUCGACUGGCUGUCGCUGUUCCUCGCGCAGAACCCAGAUCUAGAUCUAUAUCAGUUGAAGUUGACAUAUCCAGAGUUUGAAGGCUUGUUCCGUCUCUCGGUCGCCGGCUAUCGGUCCAUAAUCAGCGCCGACUCUCCUGACCUUCACGAAUUCAAGAAGCGCGGCGGUAAGAUCAUUCACUGGCAUGGGCUGAACGACGAGAAAAUAGCUCCCGGUGGGUCCAAGGCCUACUAUGCGGCCGUGGCAGAGCGUGAUCCUGCGGUCAGGGACUUUUACCGGUAUUUCGAGGCUCCAGGGGUCGGCCACUGUGGCUCAGGGCCGGGCCCUGCUCCUUCGGCCAUGAUGGCUGCACUGACAACAUGGGUGGAAAUGGGAAUGGCCCCAGAUAGCCUUCCGGCUGUAUCGGAAGAUGGGAGUCUGUCGAGAAUUGUGUGUCCAGACCCGUUGGUAGUCACCUACCUGGGAGGAGAUCCUGAUAAGCCUGAAGGUUUCGGCUGUUGGGGAUCAAUGGGAGAACCCGAGGAUCGGACGGGCUGGCCUUUGUAUGUUGGAUGGGGCUGGGACGAUGUUGAGACAGUCGUUUGGGCAUAGAAGAUGGGUAAAGUAUAAUAGGUAGGUUGACAUAGACUUUUAGGAGGUAGGUGUUGUGGUAGAUGAGGAUGUACAAUAUGGUGGUAGCCUAACUACAGAAAUUCAAUGUAGGCUCCUUUGUGAC